UAUACUUUUACUAUUGUUUUUUCAAGCAAGAGCGAAGUGCUGCAACAACUUAGAUCUGUCCAAACACACCUUCAUGUUGUCUCCAUUUAUAUAACACCUUGUAAAAAUUACAGGAUUAUUUGUGACAAAAUGCACUCCGUCAGGGUUUCUAUUCCAUCGUUCCGUUCAGAGGAAAAUUCGACUGAUAAAGGAUACACGGUGUUCAAAAUUGAAGUGCUCAUGAAUGGCAGACAACAUACUGUGGAGAAGCGCUACAGCGAGUUUCAUGCCCUGCACAAAAUGCUAAAGAAGAGCAUAAAACCGCCUGAGAUCCCUUCAAAGCAUGUGAGGAACUGGAUUCCCAAGGUUCUGGAACAGAGGAGACAAGGUCUGGAGUUCUAUCUACAGACUAUAAUCAUGGAGAAUGAAGUUCUCCCAAAGAUAUUCUUGGAUUUCCUCAACAUCCGCCAUUUUCCCUCUCUACCAAAAACGGAAAGUUGUGGGUCAUUUGAAACUGAAUCUGAGGAAUCAAGCAAACUUACCCAUCAACCAGCUAUGCUGUUCCUAAGAGAUCCUUACCUUCUUCCCUCCACACAUGAUACAUUUUCAAAUGUCGUCAUUGAAGGCGUAAUCCACGGAGUUUUCUACCCCGAUCUUCAACCAAGGUAGUGAUAUGGAGAAAUAUGAUUGACCAAAGUGAAAAACUCCCAAAAUAAAGGACGUUUUAAGGUGGACACACAUUUAUUAAAUAAUCAUUUGUGUGAGAAUAACAUGUUUUAUAUAUAGGAUAAUUUUUUAGUUAAUUUUCCACCAAUCAAUUCUCAAACAGCACAUAUAGGUACAACACAGAUGUUGUUUUGGAGACAGAAGAGGGAUCACUCAAAUAAUCAGUGUGUACAGUAUUUUCUCACAAGAUGUAUAGUGUAUAAUAGGGUUUGUAACCUAGAUAUAGGGACUGAUAAUUUUUGAAGGAUAA